AUGCUUAUAGUGGAUGAGGGUAAUUUCGAGGUGAGUAGUUCGACCAAAACAACAUUUGACGUGACCGGCUCCUCUAGUUUCUCUAAUGCGGCCAGGUUCAGUUUUACCGUCUUAAGAAAAUCAUCUAUGGCUUCAGGCGACAUCGAUAAUGAAGCAGAAAGCAAAAAAACGGAACCCUCCCUAAGCCCAACAAAAAAAACCAUUGAAAGAAAAGCAAUCUCGCCAAAAACGGACAAAGAAAACAACAUUAGCAUAAGACUUUCCGCGCAAAAAACGCGGAAACUCAACCCACAACCAAAGCUAGUGAGAAGGUCCAAAAGACUACCAGACAACCCGGAAAACACAGAAGAAGAUCUCGUUCUAAUCCAAGAAGAAAACAAUACACAAGAUACCACCGUCAAAGAAAACAAAAAUAUGAAAACUACAAGAAGCCCUCCCUCACCAGUGAUACCAACAAAAAACAGAUUUGAAGUGUUACAAACACAGGAAACCACCUUACCGCAACAACAGAAUCACACUCAAGCAACGUCAACAAAAGAAUCAACAAUACAAAAUGCGAUCGUGGAAACCAUAAGAAGGAAGAACAAUGAAAUGCGAAUCAAAGCAAACAGGAGGACUACGUCCACAGUGGGAACACCACACACCCAAGAAAAAUCAAACUACACACGAACAAACAGCCCCCUCGCCCCACCUAGGAGGCCGCCGAUACCACAAAAUCAACAUACUCAUCUGAUCAAACCAAAAGAGCAACCCCCACCGACAAAGGCACCGAGGGAACAAGCACAACAGGAACAGCCCACCAACCACCCUACAGAGGAACAACAGGACGCCCCCUCACCCACAAAAGCUCCGAGCUACCCUCCUACCCAAAAGGAGGCUCAUACCUCGACAUAUGCCUAA